AUGGUGACUAUUCGCCAAGCCUUGCUUUCUGUGAGGGGCGAGGACGCCAUGUCCAUUGCGCCAAUAACAGUUGCGCUUUCGGAGUUAGGCUUUCAGGUGGAUGCCGAGGUUGGCGACGCUUUCUGCCUGCUGAACGCUGAACAAGCAGCAGGCCUCACUGUUCGGCAGCAGUUGGCGCUCAAGGCUGCUAUCCAAGCUGCUGCAGCUGCUAUCCCACCACCGGGUGCUAGCUCUGCACUGUCUAUGACACAAGUCACACACAGAUCAUCUAAACUGGGGGUUCAGCAGUCUGUUGACAAGUUUUCACCAAUAGUGUUACCUGAUGCAGCUAUGGAUGUACAUGUGACAGGUUCUCAUGAGCCUGCAACCUAG